CCUCCAGGGAAAAUGCCAAAUAAUAAGAAGACUGCUGGAAAAAGAGCCCCUGCAAAAAGGAAACUUGCUGAAGUGUUUGCUGUGGGGGAGGUUCUAGCAGAUACCUCAAGAAAAGAAUGGAAAUUAGGUGUCCCUGUAGGGCAAGGAGGCUUUGGACGCCUAUACCUUGCUGAUGUUAAUUCUUCAAAGUCAGUUGGCAGUGAUGCACCUUAUGUUGCAAAAGUGGAACCCAGCCAGAAUGGACCUCUUUUUACUGAGUUAAAGUUCUACAUGCGAGCUGCUAAGCCAGAUGAAAUUCAGAAGUGGUCUAAGUCCCAUAAACUGAAAUAUUUAGGUGUACCAAGAUAUUGGGGUUCUGGCUUGCAUGAAAAAAAUGGAAGCAGUUAUCGAUUUAUGAUAAUGGACCGGUUUGGCAGAGAUCUUCAGAAGAUGUAUGAAGAGAAUGCAAAGCGAUUUUCCCAUAAAACUGUACUACAAUUAGGCCUGAGAAUACUUGAUAUUCUGGAAUACGUCCAUGAGCAUGAAUAUGUGCAUGGAGACAUCAAGGCCUCAAAUCUUCUUGUGAGUUACAAGAACCCUCAUCAGGUGUACUUGGUGGAUUAUGGACUUGCCUACCGAUACUGUCCUGAAGGAGUUCACAAAGUAUAUAAAGAAGAUCCUAAAAGGUGUCAUGAUGGAACUAUUGAGUAUACCAGUAUUGAUGCACACAAGGGUGUGGCGCCAUCAAGACGUGGUGAUCUGGAGAUCUUGGGUUACUGUAUGAUUCAUUGGCUUAGUGGCCAUCUACCGUGGGAGGAUAAUUUGAAAGAUCCAAAUUUUGUCAGAGACUCAAAAAUCAGAUGUAGAGAUAAUAUUUCAGUUUUGAUGGACAAAUGCUUUCCUGGGAAAAAUAAACCAGAUGAAAUAGCCAAAUAUAUGGAAAAGGUGAAGCUACUGAGCUAUGAAGAGAAACCUGUUUAUCAGCAUUUCCGAGAAAUACUUCUGCAAGGUCUUAAGGCCAUUGGGCAAAAAGAUGAUGGAGUACUUGACUUUGGCUUGUCAGAGAAUGGAGACUUGCAAGCAAAUCCCAUGCAAAAGAAAAAAAGAAAGGCAGCAGCUGCGACCAAUGAGAACACUGAAGCAGAAAUGGAAGAUACAGGAAGUCCGGAAAAAAAGAAACCUACUUCUUCUAACGCGAGAGCUACCAGCACACGGAAGAUGACCUCGCCAAAACCCAAGAAAGGCACAGCAACCAGAAAGAGAGUCCAGAAGUAA